AUGGAGACUAUUUAUGAAAAACCUACAACAAUUUGUCGAGUUUGUUUAGGCGAUAAAGGAAAAAUGCAUUUUUUGUUCAACGACAAGCAACUUGCUGAGAUAUUAGUUUCUUGUACUCAAAUACAGGUUAUGGCGGACGACGGUUUGCCGGAACAGAUAUGUCACACAUGUUUUGCACAAUUGAAUAAAACACUUAAAUUCAUACAAAAAUGUCGCGAUAGCGACACCGUUUUACGACAAAAAACACUAUCUCCUAAUAAAGACAACAAAACACAUUUAAACACUAUAAAUUCCAUUACCAUCUCAAGUGUUUCCAGCUCAAACUCCACUGAAGAAAUCAUCUUGAAAACUGAUCCUGGUGUUGACAAGAGCAAACAGAGUGAGCAACACACCAAAAAAAAUUUAACAAAAUGUCAAACAAAUAAACACACAUGUCCUCAGUGCAAUAAAGAAUUAAAAACAUACUCUUCUCUUAAAUAUCACCUGCAGUUGCAUUCUGAUAAGAAUACUUAUUUGUGCAGCCAAUGUGGUGCCAGUUUCAAAACCAAAAACUCAUACGAUGGCCACAUGGCAACACAUGAAAGCGAAAAUCCUCAUGAAUGUGAUAUAUGUGGUAAACGAUACAGGCAGGCUGCUUCGUUGAGGAAUCAUAAAAUGACCCACACAGGUGAAAGACCUCACCUCUGUAUGAUAUGUGGAAAAGGCUGUAUACAAAAAAGUGACUUCAAAAAGCACAUGUUAACACACACAAAUGAAAAAUCAUACAUCUGUAAUAUUUGUGGCCAGGGUUAUCGGUUUUCUCAUAACUUAAAACUACAUUUAAGAUCACACUCUGGUGAAAAACCGUAUCCGUGCACAGUCUGCAAUAAAAGAUUUUCUGCUAAAGAUCAGUUAAAGCGCCACUCCUUAAUACACUCUGGAGAAAAGCCUUAUCAGUGUAACUUUUGUUCAAAAUCCUUUAAUCGUGCUAGCACUUUGGCAGUUCAUAAAAAAAUACACACAGGACAACGAGACCAUAUUUGUAAUGUAUGUGGGAAAGGUUUUAUACAAUCGCAUUGUUUAGCAGCACAUAUGAAUACUCAUAAGAAAGGCGAAUUGAACAAAAAAGAUCUGCCAUCAUCUGUGGAUAAAAUUAAUGUGGCUGAAACUAUUGUGAGACUUGUGUUAGAUAAUAAACAAAUUGAAGAUGUUAAAGCAUUAGUCGAUAUAAAUGAAAUAGUUAUAGAACCAGAUAUGCACAUAGCAAUAUGA